AUGGAUACAACCAGCUACAACUGUCUAAACGACAGGAUCUUGAAACUAGAACUACAAGUUGGCGAUAACAGUACAAACAAAUGCAACCACGGCCAAUCUUUGGCUGCUGAGGUGGCAGAACUACUGGCCAAAGUUGAGCGCUUUUACAAGGCCAAUGGAGAAUUACAGACACUUGAGAGGAUCCUUGAGACAGUGAAUGAUCCGAAAAAGCAUGUGGCCGAGAUCAAAAGCAGAAAUGAUAAGGUUUCUGAAGCUGAAAAGCAAGAAAUGCUUUUGGCGAAGUUUCCAGCAAUUCGUGAAGCAUACACGAACUUGUCGGAGCUACUGAUGCUUGACAUUCCGCAGCUUUCGGCUGAGAUCGUGAAGAGGAUAGACUUGACGCUGGUCAAAGAGAAAGAGGAAGCCAUUGAGGCAAUUGUGAGGGCGUACCAUGUGUUGGUGGUGAAGAACAGUAUUGUUUUUGAGAAGUACAUGGCGUUGAUGGAGCGAGAGAAUAACUUUUGGAUCAACGUGGAGAGGAAGCUAAACGAGAUGAGGCUCCGCCUUGACAUGUUGGAGGAUAAGGAAUUAAAGGAGAAAGGAGUGUGA